CAAAAUUUGCUUCCAAAGUACGACGGUCCCACUCAGCAUUCGUGCCUGCUACACGGUGAUGGGCUUCCUGGCGCUGGAACGACAGGAACUCUUGCGCGGUAUCAAGAUUUGUCGUGCGGCGUCGGAUAAAUCUGUUGGACACCUCGUUCGGUUCGACUUAAUCCACCCUGCAAAAGUGAAGGUGCCGUCGUUCGUCGUGAAGGGUGUGCUUUUUGUUCAAUUGUUCAAUUGUUCGAUUUUUUCUUUUCCGACCAGGCGUGUGCGAAAGUUCCUUUUAACAAAAGCAAAAUAGUUUUGUAACUUAAUUACUAUAGAUACAUGACCAGCCUGCUCACAGCCUAUUUGACUUUGAAAAAGUGCAAAAGUGAAUUAAGUUCGUCGGGGAAAAAUGGGCAGUGCGAAGCUGGCUCCACCAGCAGCAGCAGCAGUGGCAAAGACCAUGAAUGUCGCGAUUACCGCUUAUGCCACCGCUACUGAAGUACGGUGGGCCCACUCAGCUUCGAGUAUGUUCAAUCAGGAAAAAACAACAUCCCAAAUCUUGGCUCACACUGAUGGAGCGGAUGCUGUUCUAUUCCGGCUAAAUGCACGCAGGCUGCUACGCAGUGACAUUUUCUGGUGCAGUAGCGCAAGGGCGGCAUCACAAUUUGCAGCACGGGGGAGAGCAUUGACUGCGAGAACAUCGGAUAAAUCUGCUGGGACAUCCCACGGCACAUCACUGUUGACGGAGCGGUGAUCAUUUUGGACGGAUCGGCGCAGAUCGUUACGGUGUAGAACUGGAUCAAUAAGCACCGACUGCAGUGAAUGAUUUUUGUUCAUUAAGAAGAUCCAUUUCGGCACCAUCGUUUCCGUUCCCAACAUUCACCACGGAGCGGAACGUCAACCUUGCGUUUAAUGCAUGAUUAGAUCGUUAUAUUUUACUACGCAAAGUUCUUGUAAAUGUCUGAAAGGUAAAUAAAUAUAUUUUAUUUGUAUUUUAUCUUUUCUUACAAAUUAUUUACAAAAAAAACAUAAUAAGAUUGGACCAGCUUUAAA